CUAGAAAUAAUAAGGUCUAUAACAUGUGAAUGCUAAUAAAUAGCACUGUUAACAUGACCAAUUUGCGAAAUCCCAUAACAAGAUGAGAAUUGUGGCAAAACUAGUCUGGACCACUCUUUAGCCUUGUUUUUCUAAUCCCUCCAAAUUCAGUGACCUUACUCCAAAAUGGCCAUAUGGAUAAGCUUUUCCCCUUUCCUUCUUCUGUGCGUUUCCUGAUGAGGAUUACACCCGUAACCGCUCCACCACCUGCACAGUGCGUUCGAAGGCAGAGCUGUUGCCGCACUGCCCCUCUCCUCCGUGCAUCCACCGGCUGGUCGCCGACGGGGACACGACGGUCUUCCAGCGACGGGACAGAUCCCACUAGCCGGCGCUGCUGCAUAGGCCCGCAACCAUCUCCGGCAAUGGAGGAAUGAGUCCGGCAUUGACGGCGCGAGCCAUGCUGUCGGCAGAAGAGAGGAGAGAGGCGGAGCCCAGAGGUGGUGGUGGGGCCGACCCUGUCAUGGCAUGGACUGCUGGCGCGAGCGCCCAUGGCGCUGGCGUAUGUGGACACAGCCCGACGCAGGCGGCCACAACUUGGUGUGGGCUGGCGCGAGCGCCUAUGGAGCGGGCAUAUGCGACCACGGUCUGGCGCGGCCGGGUGCGAGCGGCCACGGCUCGACGUGGGCAGGCACGAGCACCAACAACACGGACGGGUACGACCAUUGCCUCGUGCCGCGCGUGGAUUACGUGGAACGCACGGCAUGGGCGGUGGCACCGAUGGGAUCUUGCACUGCUGCCUGUGCAACGCGGCCGGCGAGCGGCAACACGAGAAGCGUGAGAGGUCAAUUCCACAUCUGGCUUCCCUGGAGCGCGGCCACGCGGGCAAGAUCUCAAGAACCACUCCUCCUCCGUAG